GGCAGCGCCGCCUCUUUUUUCUCUCCUAUAAAUGUACAGCGGAGACACAUCGGCUCCAGACGGCCCGCGCCUGAGUGAAUGGAGCUGGAGAAUGGCAGCAGAAUAACGACUCCUGUCUCAUCUCAUGUUCCUGCACUUCUUUGCUAUUUCCAUACCGAUCAGCAAGACGCGAGCUGACGCUUUCCUAUUUCUUUUUCUUCUUCUUUUUUUAUUUUUUGCAACAUUUACCUUGAAUGAGAAGAUGAAGGCUACCAUUCUGCCUCGGGCCCAGAGGGACUCGUGCAGCUGCGCUGAACUCUCGGCCGAGCCUGAUCUGUGCUGCCUACAGCACGACAUGAACGAUUGCUACAGCCGUCUAAAGCGCCUGGUGCCCACCAUCCCGCAGCACCGGCGCGUGAGCCGCGUGGAGAUCCUGCAGCACGUCAUCGACUACAUCCUGGACCUGCAGCUGGCGCUCGAGCGCACUGAGCACACCGAACACAGCGGGACGUGGCUGCGGAGCUCCAUCCGCACCCCGCUCUCCGUCCUCAACACAGAGCAGAGGACACCAGUUGUCAAUAAGCAGGAGGACACGAUUUUGUGCAGCUAAAAUGCAGCAUAAAGCAGUGGUGUGCAGUGAGCCCAUCCAAAGCCAAGCCAAGCUUUGGCAGCAUAUUCAACACACACCAGGCCCAACGUGGGAUUGCGAAGCAGUUCUGAAACUAAUGGCUUCUAAACCAUAAUUUAUAAACAUUUCAGUGUUAACUGUCAGUGAUGGCUGAGGCAGCCAGUCUUCUUCUCCGUUCACUCUUAUUAUCUGUCAGUGAAGGAAAUGCUGAAUUUGGAUAAUGCUAAAAAAUUUCUCUCUCUCUCUCUCUCUCUCUCUCUCUCUCUCUCUCUCUCUCUCUCUCUCUCUCUCUCUCUCUCUCUCACUCUCUCUCUCUUAUAUCCUUAUUG